ACAUGAUCUGUAGGUGACUGCAGUGAAUUCAGUGAAGGGGCCCCCGGUUAUUCCAGGUAGACAGUGUUUUCCGGAGACAGGAGAACGGGGGGAGGGGGCUUUUAUCUGUCGGCUGUGGUGAUUGAAUUACGUCAGCCUCUCUGUCUCUUGUUUGCUUUUUUGGGUCAAAGCGAAUCACAAACAGCCCUUUACCAGAAGGUGAUGAAUCCUGCUUCAUUGGACGCUAAGUACAGUAAAAUAAAGAAUAAAAUAUAUCGAGUGCUUUAGCCGGUCACUUUUUCAGAGAGCUUAAAGGUGUAUUUCUGAAGAACAAAGAAACAAUCUGCUGCCAGCUCACCUUCUGAAGUCGUCUCUCUCUCUUCACUCAAAAGGCAACGCUCGGUUAGGAGAAAUAACGAACUACUUCAAUUAUACCUUAGCCUGUUAUUUAUUGAUCAAUUCUGGCUACGGCUGGCUGUUUGUCUGGCAGGCACUUUGUAUUGGAGGUGGAUUUCUUAACCUCUCCUGUUUCUGAACUUUUAAACAGAAUUGAAUUACAUUUUGGGCUGAAGUUGAAUUCUGAUCGCCAAGAUUUGGAAAAAGUCACAUAAAAAAUAAAUAAAAAAUAGCAAAAUCCAGAACUUGGCAGAAAAAAGAAUCAAUCUUUUCCAUGGGAUACUAAGUCCAGUGCUUUGGGUGGAUUAUUAACUAUUGAGACAUGCAAGAGAAACAGGACAGCCCCAAAUUGAGCUGCCUGUCUCCCACGAAAAUAACUGUACUCACACUCUGCAUCCUAGUGUUUAUAGGGGGGAUCGGAGCAGCUGCCUGGGCCAUUGUUGCUUAUUUAUUCAAGGCUGAAAAUCCUGGCUUAUAUGAUGUCCAGAUUAACUCAGCAGACUUGCGCCUGUCUGUGUUUGACCGCAGCGAGGGGAAGUGGAGGUUUGUCUGUUCUUCCAGCUCCAACGAGCUCGUUGCCAAGAUCAGCUGUGAGGAGAUGGGAUUCGUCAGAUCGCUCUCCUAUUCUGAACGCCCUAGCAGUAUGGUGGCGGCUAACGGCUCUGCUGGAUUUUUCUGUGUCGAUGAGAAGCAGCUUCAGUAUGGCAGGAAGAUCCAGGAAGUCCUAUCAGCCUGUGCCUGCGAGAGUGGCAGGGUUCUGAGUGUCAACUGUCAAGACUGUGGCCGGCGCAGGCUGCCCGUGGACCGGAUCGUAGGAGGACAGGACGCCAGCCUGGGGAAGUGGCCGUGGCAGGCCAGCCUGCGCUACGACGGCAGCCACCUGUGCGGUGGCUCGGUCAUCUCUGACCGCUGGAUCAUCACCGCCGCCCACUGCUUCCCAGAGAGGAACAGGGUGACGAGCAGGUGGCAGGUGUUCACCGGCUCCAUCUCGCAGGCCUCCUCUGGGGUUUCCAUGCCAGUUCAGACCAUCGUCUACCAUUCAGGUUACCAGCCCUUCAAAGACCCAAAUAUCGAUGACAACAGCAACGACAUCGCAGUCAUCUACCUGGCCACACCCCUGAACUUCUCAGAUUACAUUCAACCAAUCUGUCUCCCUGCCCACAGGCAGCCCCUGGUUGAUGGGAAAGUAUGUACUGUGACAGGGUGGGGGAACACGAAGUACUAUGGUCAGCCAUCUGUAAUCCUUCAGGAAGCCAGCGUGCCGGUCAUCAGUAACAGUGUCUGCAAUGGGGAUGAGUACUAUGGGAACCAGAUUAGCAACUCCAUGUUCUGUGCAGGCUUCGCAGACGGAGGCAUUGAUGCAUGCCAGGGUGACAGUGGCGGUCCCUUUGUCUGUGAGGACAGUAUCUCAAAGACGAGCCGAUGGCGCCUGUGCGGGGUGGUGAGCUGGGGUACCGGCUGUGCUCUGCCCCGGAAACCAGGAGUUUACACCCAGGUCAACCAGUUCCACCAGUGGCUCUCCAAUGCCAUGCGGACGUACUCUCAAAGCAGUGGAGUGUUUAGCAUGGGAUAGCACAAUGAAACCAAUGGCCACUUCCAUUAAGAAGCUGGAACUUCAUAUGUGACUUCAAAUUUGAAAUUAAGGAUUUACAGAGAAUCUCAGUUCUCUGCGGCCAUCUCCAUGUUCAGAUCUCGUGCCUUUUAUUCAUACUAUCACCUUUCUUUUCUUUCUUUUCAUUGUGUGUUUGUUGAGCCAUGGUCUGUUCCAUCUUCAUUAUAUUGCAAGGCCGGUUGUGUGACAUACCCUACCGCAUGAGUCAUUUCCUUAUUUUAGAUCACAAGGGAGAAAAUGUCAGAGCUUCCUCACUCUAUUUCUUAAGCUCCCUCACAUAGCCCCAGGCAUUAAAGCCAUUGAGAGACAGCACCUACAGUACAAUGCUGUAGAAGAAUGAAAACACUACAUGUCUCUGGCAGGAUAUCAAACAGUUGCUGCUGUACUGUUUUUCUUUUCUUUUCAUCUUCAGUUUCAGCAACAAUCAAUAAUGUAAGAGGUACUAAGAACAAGAUCUUAUGGUUUGUGUUUUAAUUAGAGAGACAAUUGGUUGCAUCUGAUUGACUGAUAUGAUGCAUGUGCUUGAUAGAUCAAGAGUUUACUCUGCAAAGGAGAUUGAACUGAAAUCAGGAGAGGUCAUGGUAAUGAAAGGAUCCUGCCUAACAAACUACCAGUUUCUCCACAGACUGGUAGGAUUAAUAUAAUUUAGGACAGCGUGUGAGAAAGCAAGCUGAGGGGAACCAAUGAAACUUCUUUAUAGUGUUAGUUUCUUUUACCUGUCCAGCAUUGAGUUUUGAGGAUUUUUCUAAUGGUUAGGGAGUUGAAUUUAAGGGCUGGGAUCAAAGUACAAUUCAACUGUGAGAUAUGUACAGGUAUAAUUGUUGAUAACAAUUGAUGUUUCUAAUAUUUCCUUUCUCAAUAUCCUUUCACGUGUGCUCUGUACAUCCUCUACAGUUGUUUUUGCUUAAACCAUUAUUUCUAAUCCUUUUUUACAGCCACAUGGGCUGCUUGUGGAAUGAGGGGAAGUAUUUUAAUGAUGCACCCCCAAUGGGGCUUAGGCUGUGAUUCCCACACUUAUAUACGUCCCCAACUCCCUUCAGAACAACAGCUCUGGAAGUCUUUUCAGAAGCAGCCCAGCUGUUUUGUGGUGUUUUUACUUCUUGCUUUUGCUUAAAACUAUAGUAGACACUGAUACAAAUAACAUAUGGGCUGGAAAACACAUAUAUUACACUUGCAAAGGUAUGUAAAUGUAGAUGAUAUUAAGUAUCUUGUUUAACUUAUUAAAUAAGGUAAUUCUGAGGUUCACUGUUUUUACUGCUAUUCUUAUUAAUAUUUACACAAUGCUAGCAGUGUUGUUUGUUUAACUUCUGGGAUGAAUUCUGGUGCUCAUGAAAGGUUCUGGAUUGGUAACCCUGCAAGACGCUAGCUAGCCCCCUGUCUUUCCUGUGAGAAUGUUUAUUACGGACUAGAUUGGAGGGACCAAUUAUAAGUUUUAAUACAAUACUUAGAUAACAUUAGCUGGGCCUCCAAACCUGUACAAUAAAAAUAUGUUUUAAAUUGUUUGUAGAGACAAAACAAGAAGGCUAAAAGUUUGAAAAUCUAAAUAAAAAGAUCAACUUCUUACUAGAUUCUUAGUGUUCAUGGAUGACAAAAUGUGUUCCAUUUUCAAUGUUGAUCCUUUUCCUGUUUAUUUUUUAAAUGGUGGCCUCAUCUGAGAAUGAACUCCAGGCCACUGUCUGUUUGAUGCAAUAAAUAUUAGGGCUCUUUUAUUACAUGAACAAAAAUAUGAAGUGCCUUAUCUACACAAUGCUACAUUUUGAGUACAAUGUUGUUUUAUGACUAGGACCAAACAAAGUUUGCUAUGCAAUUAAUUUAUUUUAAAACAAACCUUAAUUAAAUGAUUGAAUGUUAUAAUGGAGCACGUUUUGCACACUGGAUGUUGGGUCACUCGACCUUGUUUUUUAUUUUUUCAUGUAAAUAUUCUCUAUGCUUGAUGUUGUGGGGUGUGUCUCUGCAAACCUGUUGUUAUUACACAGUGUGAUUUUAAUUGUGGACAUCAUGUACUCUCACAUUAUUAUUAUUAUUAUUAUUAUUAUUAUUUUUGUAUUUUAAAUCCAUACCAAUUUAAUUAAAUUGUUAAACAUGA